AUACUGCAGGAUCUCGAGCCGGAGUGAUUCUGGCCUACAUACGGGCUUCCAGAUAAUAAAAAAAUAACCUGACGUGGCUCCAUUGAUGAUUUGUCAUUAGAGAGAGAGAAAGCGAGAGUCAGAGGGUAGUGUUGUUUCGCCACUGAUUACAAUCUGUUUGAUAAGCUCCCUCUUCGCAAAUCUCAUCAGCGUUUGGUAUUAUUAUUAUCACCAACAUUUACUACGAUAAUUAUUAUCUUUUUCAUCUCCUGAACGGUAAAUUAUAUAUACCUCACAGUCAAUAUGUCAGGUGGAAAUUUUGAUCCCUGUGAAUGUAUUUGGAGUCAUGAGAAUGCUAUGAGGAGACUGAUUCAAAUAUUACGGACAUCUCAGGCACACUGUACAAAUGACCAAUGCCUCCAAGAAAUGCCAAGCUUACCUGAGGGACCUGAUAGUGCUUUUAGUAACAUGAUGUUCAUUACUUUGGGAUGGAUUGUUAUUGCUACAGCACUAUUUCUGCUGCGUCCUGCAAGUCUUCGGAACAAAUCCAGCAUGAAGUCUGACCGGAGAUCAGAUUCGCCAGACAGCGGUUCGAACUCGAUUAGUGAAUUUAGUUAA